AUGGAUGUGGAAGCGAGAAGGAAAUUCUGUGGCUUACUUAUGUUUGACAUCCCAACAAUUUCUGUCAAAUCACCGACGUCAAGAAACAACGAUAUUAUCAUUAAUAACAUGUCAACGCAGGAAGUUGACCCUUCCUCGUUAAAUCACAAUCCUCUCUAUGAAUCCUCUCGUAAUGCAGGUUCAUUGAUGAAUUCAAUAGAUCAUCAAUUCAUUAUACAAGAUGGUUUCUCGCAAAUUGGCGACUUUUCUACCACCACGCGCGCUUUAGCAGCGGGUGCAGCAGCUGGUGACGACCCAACAAAUCAAGGAACCCUUGAUUCUUCAAAUGCAACGGAUGGAGACACAAAGUCACAACCUCCAAAAAGGACUCCUAGACCACCAAACGCCUUCAUCCUUUACAGAAGAGCGAAACAACCGGCCAUCAUAGCAUCUCAAAGAAGUUUGACGAACGCCGAAGUAUCAAGGACUAUUUCAGAUAUGUGGCGUAAGGAACCAGAAGAGACACGGUUAGAAUGGGAAAGAUAUGCUGAUCGGAAGAAACUUGAGCACAUGCAAACGUAUCCAAAUUAUGUGUACAGACCCAACAAGAACAAGUCCAAGGUCGAUAAAAGAAGGCAGAAUCGAAGACAGAACACAAAAGAUUCAACGAAUGCUUCAAAUGACCCUUCCAACUCAGAAAAUAAAACUACGGGCACCAGUGCGAUCACUCGAAGAAAGUCAACAAAGACCGCAAGUAGGCUACCUUCUAAAUUGGACAUGCCUUUAUCAAUGAACAUUGGAAUGACCGGGUUCAAUAUGCAACAACAAUCCCCCUCAAUCUCACCUAUGAAUCAACAUCCACCUUCCGCAAUUUCGACUUCACGUACCGAUACCAUGAACUCAACUUCCUCGUACACCACAAUACUUCCGAGUCCUGAGAUUCCUUUGUUGACCUCUCAUUUUACGGAUAGCCCUGAAGAUUACGUUACUUCGCAAUCCCAGUUCACCCCAUUAACCCCGGACACCCCGCUCACCCCCAUUUCAACUCCUGAACAAAUGCAAAUACGCGAACACGACUUCAAAAUCCGUCAACAACAACAGUUCCAAAAUAGUAUAUUGCGUUUCGUCCCUGAAGAAGAAUUGAAUUCCAUAAAUGGAUUAGCUUCUUUCCAUCAUCAUCCCACGAAUGGUUUUUCUCAUCAAACGGUCGACCCGUUGGAAUUUUGCCUCGUCCCUGACGUUGCACAACAACAGCAGCAAAUGAUGGCCGAGUUUAUGCUUCAUCAUGAGCCACAUCACAUCACCCCUACGUCAACUGUUCCAUCUUCAAAUAAUGGUUCCAUCCAUCCCGCUUCAUCGAUUCCUGUUCAGUAUUAUUCUAGCGGAUCGAAUGCGGCUGCUGCGCUCACCGGUAAUCCUUCAUUUACCGAAAUGCUCGGGUUCGAAUUCCAAAAUUUUUUGGGCGAGAAUCACCAUCAUAAUGGUAAUGGUCUUGACGUCAAUGCUUCAGAUCACUACCUUCAAUGA